CCUAAAAUCAUCCAACCAAACACACCCUUAAAUUUGAUAGCUUUUAUAUGAUGUGGCAUAAUCUACACCCUUAGAUUUAUUUUAAAUAAAUCCUAACCAUCAAAUGCGCACUCUCCAAUUUUAAGUGAAAUGGACAGGAUUCCGAUUUCCGAUCCCUCGUUUGCGUUGUGAUACUUGUGAAGUGAGUACAAACAAUUGGCACGAAGCAGCUUCUUUGCCACAUGUAACAAAGUCAUAGCGGUGCUGACGGAAACGAAAACAACACUGGAACUUGAGAGGUGUAUGAGAAAUGUCCAGGUUUCGAGCACUUCUGAAUGCAACUAAGAAAGCUCUCACAUGGAGUGCCGAAGACUUGAUGCCUCCUACAGAAAGAUACAUAUUCAGCUUCAAUUCAAAGGAAGAGCUAAAAAAGUGGCAUCUAUAUUCAGAUUCUGAAUAUGGAGGUUUGUCCUCAGCAUCUUUGGAGAUCAAAGAAUCUGAAAAUGGGUUAAGUGGGGUUUUCUCUGGGAACCUUUCCUUGGAUGUAUCUAACGAUUCAAAGUGGAAAAUUUCUCGCAGUGGCUUCUGUGGAAUGCGAUCCAAAAAGUUUGAUGGAUUCAUUGAUUUGGAUUCAUAUGAUACAGUAGCAUUAAAGGUUAAAGGAGAUGGAAGAUGCUACAUAUCUACUAUCUAUACAGAAAAUUGGGUAAAUUCACCUGGACAAGAGGAAGAUAACUCAUGGCAAUCGUUUGUUUUUGUACCUAAAGACAAUUGGUAUAUUGCAAAGAUUCCUCUUGCUCGAUAUUUACCAACAUGGAGAGGCAAUGUUAUAGAUGCAGAGUUGGAAAUGAAUCCAUCUCGUAUAGUCGGUAUGUCUCUGUCUGUUAAUGCUGAAGGUGGUGUGCCAGGUGCUAGAACUGGACCAGGUGAUUUCCAGGUUGAAAUUGACUGGAUCAAGGCCUUGAGAACAGAGUAGGUUGAUGUAGACUACUUGGGGGAGAGGGGACAUUAGAUGUAUUAAAGCCUUGAUUUUGUGUUAAUAAUGGCAAAGUAUUUUUGUUGUUGAGCUUUGACUAGCAAAAAACUUUUCAUGGGUUCACUUGUUUUUGUUCCCCCCUUUUUGGCUACAGAUUGUCAAGCACUUGCUAAUUUAAAUGGGGGGAACUAUCUCAUAAAACCCAUGAACCCAGUUGAUCAUUCCAAUUUAUCAAACUAAAUUUAGAAAGGAAAAGAGAGAGAGAGAAAGAGCAUUAUAACUUAUAAGCAAUAAACUAGACGGAUUCAAAGCA